AUGGCACGAUCGUCGGGUGUUGCUUGUUGUGGUGCUGCGGAUAAGCUGGUCAAGGCGAGGAGGAAGAUCGGCUUGUUGCAGGCGGCGGUGGAUGAGGCCAAGGCUGCAAAGGCACGGGCUGGGGCGGGAUCGGCUGGAGGCGCGAGUGCGCGGGGGUCUGGGGGGGUGAAGCAUCAUGUCACUGCUGAGGAUGAUCUGAGGAGUGCUGUUGAGGCGGCCCAGCGGAAGGCUGCACGCGCCCGUGAUGUCGCUGAGGCCCAGGCGCAUGCCCGGAAGCGGGCAGAGGCCUCGCUGGCUGCCUCGCGGAACAGGAUCACCCUGCUGGAAGAGCGCAAUGCGGUGCUUGAAGCAAGGGUAAGUAAGCUCCUGGCCUCAUCGGCGCAGGCUGCCGAGGAGGCCCGUUUUGAGCGUGACAUCCUCCGCAUGGAGGUCGAGCGUGAACGGCAGCGCAAGGCGCCGUCGCCAGCAGAAGCCCUCCUUCUCAUGUACGAGCGCCAGGCCCACUGGCUGGGUAAGUACAAGGAGAUGAAGAAUUACGCCCGCGAUCUCGAGGCUGAGCUCGACCGCGUGUAUGCCGCCCGGGCUGGCGCAGGUCCUCGAGUCGAUACCACAACCGCGCGACCGUCGACCAUGGACGAUGACGAGGCCGACAAGGCCGCAGAGGCGGCAACAAGUGCCGCCGCCGCAGAGGCAGGCAUCGCCGUGGAGGCCCCGGCAGUGGAAGACCCCGAGGCCGCAGCGUAUGCACGGGCGCAGGCCAAGCUCUUUGAGCGGCUCAUCAUGUUCAUCGUCCUUGCCACAGCAUGGUCUCACAAGGUCAAUGGCCUUGCUCCAGAGGGCCCCAUGAUCAUCAUGUCUGUCAUCUGGCUUGGAUCUUCUGCAGUUGCUCUCAUUGUAGAGGCUCUCGAUCUGAUGGCAAGCACAUCAUCGACUCUCAUCCCCUUUGCUCAUUCCAAACUCCUCGCUGCCCGUCGCCACGUGCGCUCGCUCCUGAGCUUGGAUCAAGGCCAGCCGCCGGCUGAGGUCUACUUUGUGCCGGUGCUCAUGAUCAUCUCCGCGCUUCUUACCGUCUUUACCGUCUCUGUCGUCCUCACCCUCUCGUGGAUGUUUGUGGACAUCAUCAUCGUCAUCCUCAAGGGCUUGGUCCUCGAGUUGGGCCUCAAGCCGGGCAUGUUUGACUCGGUCAUCGCCUUUCUCCGCUUUCUCCGGGUCGUGUGGACCAUUGUCAUGGCUCUUUUCUCUCUCCACGGCGCCUAUGCCAUGACAGCCCAGUGCAAGCUCGAUCAGAAGCGGAUGGCACAGACCGGCGUCUUACCGGCUGAGGUCGAGAUCGUGCCCUGGAAGCACCGGGUCACCACCUCGCCGCUCGCCGCCGCCAUCAUGCCGUCCGUCACUAUGCUCUCGGCCGCCGUAAGCACCACUAUCCUCUCCGUUGUCGUCAUCCUCUCCGGCCUCACUGCCGCCCUCUUCUGGGUCUUCACCUCCUGGUUCUCAGACUGGUCCGUCCACUGGCUCAUCGCCACCAUCAUCAGCUACUCCAUCACCCGCGGCAUCAAGCGCGCCGAGUACCAGUUCGUCUUCACCGGAGACGGCGAGAUCAAGCGCCCAGUUGCGAGCGAUCUCCUCUACUACGCCAACCUUGUCGUCUAUCUCGGCAUUGGAGCCCCGCUCUCGCUCUUGCACUUUGUCGUCUUUGUCUUCCUCCACAUCAUCCAGUACUACCGCCCCGACAAGUCCUCCCAGCCGCGAGGCCUUGAGCUCACUCCUGUUGAUGUCGGCUUUUGCUCUUAUGUUGGUAUGCUCCUUGCCGAUCGCCAGGUGAACAACCCCGUGCUCCGCGUCGCCGUCGACAUCUUCAGCUCGCCGCGCGAUGGCCCCGCCUCCUCUCCCGCCCGCAACCGUUGGUUCCUCGCCCUCACUCUCAUCAACAACCCAGCGCUCGCCCGCUACCGCCGAUCGGCGCCAAGAGCAGACUCUGUCGCGGACAACGAAAGUAGUAGCGUCGCAAGCAACAGCUCUACAUUUACCACUAGCGACGGCGACGGCGACGACGACAACGACAACAUCUUCUUAGACUCCGACUCGUUUGAUCCCGAGGCGCCGCUCAUCCACCUGUAG